CAAGGUCAAAGUCAACCUCAAACCAGGACCCCGACACAAGGUCAAAGUCAACCUCAAACCAGGACCCCGACACAAGGUCAAAGUCAACCGCAAACCAGGACACCGACACAAUUUCAAAGUCAACCUCAAACCAGGACACCAACACAAGGUCAAAGUCAACCCCAAACCAAUACACCACCACAGGGUCAAAGUCAACCUGAGACCAGGACACAAUCACAAAUUCACAGUCAAUCCCAAACUAGGACACCAACACAAGGUCAAAGUCAACCCCAAACGAAAACACCAUCACAAAUUCAGAGCCAACUUCAGAGCAGAACGCCAACGCAAAUUCUGAGUCAAUUUCAGACCAGUAAACCAACACACAUUCUGAGUCAACCACUGACUAGAGCACCAACACCAGGUCAAAGCCAACCCCUAACUAGGAUGCCAACACAAGGUCACUUUCAACUCCAAACUAGGACACCAUUGCAAAUUCAGAGUCAGCCUGAGGCCAGGACACCAACACAAGGUCAUAGUGAACCCCAGCCUAGGAGCCCAAACCAAAGUCAAACUCAACCCCAGGCAAGGACUUCAGCACAAGUACAGAGUCCUUUACAGACCAGGGCCCCAGCCCAACUGCAGAGUAAACACCAGACCAGAACUCCAGCCCAACCUCAGACUCAACCCCAGACAAAGCUCCCCACACAUAACCAGAGCCAACCACAGACCAGAGCUCAACCAACCCCUCACCUGCAGUCUGGCCAGCAGGUGCUGCCUCAAACUCAUAUGAGACACACCUCGCAGCACAAUCUCCCAACUUCAUAUAGACCCUUACCCAGUCAGUCUCACACCCAGUCCAGGCCACCAGUUACCCAGUCCCAAAUACCAACGCACUUUCAAGGCUUUCCAGCCCAGUUACAUCCACAGUCUCCCUCUCAGCUCUCAAGGCUGCAUGCCCAGAACCUCUUUCCUCACCGAACAUCAUCUUCCAUUCAAACCCAGCCCAACCUUGUCCCAGCACAGCAGAACCAGUGUGAACAGCCCCAGGACCUGAGCACCACACGACAGACCCAAGAAAGCCAGGUCCCAAGAAGAGAGGCCAGCCUGGAGGGCAUCAGGAUGGAGGGGAGAGGGGAGCUGGUCACAGCGUCAGAGAACAAAGAGGUUUUAGGAAGUGACAGAGGGUCAAACAGCACAUCAAGGCCUUCCAGCUCUGUGCAACCUGGACCUCCUGGAGCAGCAGGAUCCAGCCUUGUGCCUGGAGCAGAUGGUAGGGCUCGCCUGAGGUUGGAGCCAGAGGCAGCAGAUGACAACAAAGAGCUCAGAGACAUUGUCCCACAGUCCUCUGUCCCCUGUCCCAGCUGUGAGGAAACUGUAGAGUCACGAACUGCCGUCAGUGAAAGAGUCAGCUGAUUGGUUGGUCAUGUGAAAGGCAAGCUGAUUGGCAAUCUCAUGGACUGAGUCACCAGACGGAGGACUUUGGCCAGGCGGACGAAGGAGGUGUUUGGAUCUUACUUUGGACAGAAUUUAGUAGGACUGUCUCAGCCUCUAUUCUUGGAUCCUGUCCCGGAGGCCUUGUAAAGUCAACUUGUCACUGAAGGACUCAUUGAGAUUUGAAUGAUAGUGUCUUUUUAUAGAGAAAAAAAUCAGAAGAAAAGGAAAAAAAAAAUCAAAAAAAGAGUGUGUAUAUAAUCUAAAGGCAGCUGUUGCAUCCUGCUAGUCUCCGUAGGGAGGAGGAGAGUAGUAUGGAACUAAAAACCGAUGCUUAACAACACAUUACUCUGUUAAGAUGUUGCUUCCGGAAUAUAACCUGUUUUUUUUUUAUUUAGUAGUUGAUUGUUUUGUCUUUGUUAUACAGCUUUAAAAGUUAUAUGAACCAUGGCCCUGACUCUAACACGGACCAUGUUGACUGACAGUCCCUCCCUCAAACCUGUCCACUGAUAGUCUAUAGGCAAUGUGCAGUGACAGUUUGCACCUUAAAUCGGUUUCCUUGGAAGUGUCUUCAUUCAUUACCUUUAAUGUUUGACAUGACAUUUAAAGUAAGCAGAUGUUUGUUUUAGCGUUUUCAGUUUUAUGUGGUAAAGUUCUCAGUCUGCUUCCAGAUUUCCUCACACCUGCAGUGGAUGUGGAACGAUCUGGAACCCGACUUUGCACGGUCAAAGGGAAGCUGCUUAUUGGUGUUUCACCAUUUACAAUUAAGCCAGUUCUUCCAGGAUUUUUCCUAAACUGGUCUUUAUGAACGUUUUUUGUUUCUCUCAUGUUUUGUUCCUAAUGUAAGCACUUUUUAUAUCAAACCAAACCCGCGCCUACGGUAGCUUUAUUUGACUUCUUUUAAUAAUGAAUGUGUGGGAAAGGACCCCUUCUUAACGUGUCUUUAUGUCAGAUGUCUGGAACAGUUUGCACAUCUCAACUUUAUACAAUCAACUCCCUGCAUGUCGCUCAGAGACCCUGCAGGCCUUCAACCGGAGCGGGGCCCGCGUACGUAGAGGCCGUCCUGGCUUAGGUUCAGAUUCAGAUGUAAGCAGGAAAGCGGUGCAGAUGCAGACAGAACAUACAUCAGAUGAUCCUCAGUUCUGAUCAGUGUCAGAAUUUGUAGAUGUCCUAUCUGAGCCGAAUUGUUAGAUAGUUCUGAAAUUUAGCCAGACCUAAAGUGAAGGCACUGAUCCACAAUAGAAAAAGCAAAAAAGACCAAAAAACCCCAAAUAGUAUUAAUUUAACCUGGAAGUGUCACUAGGAUUCACAAAACUAAUGCAGCCUGACUCCAUAUUUUGUCAUAGUCUAUAUCUUGUAAUUGUGGCGCUAAUAUCAAGGCUUUUCAUCCAAUAAUUGGUGUACUGAUACCUUUAAAGUAUUUUGGAUAUUUUUCUCAUGACUUAUCAUUUCUCAGUGACUCAACCCCAUUAUGUAGCAGGUUCAAGUCUUGUUGGAGUGGUAAAAUCAAGACACCACCAGUGUGAUUUUCAAAGGUACAUAGUCAAGUCAUUUGACAUUUUUCAAAUAUACAAUCAUUAACAAUUGUUUUUAAAGUUGAUACUCAUUUGGUCAUUUACAUAGGUGGUAAAAAAGGACGUAGCUUACCACAGCUUAGCCAGUUAGCGCCUCCCACCAGAGUUAUGAAAAUAACGAAAAGUCCAAGAUCCAGUGUGAAAAAAUGCAAAAGAAAAAAAGAAAUCUAAGUGGAAUACGAUUGAAAUAGUCCUUAUUGAUACUGAAACUUGUGCUAGCAAUGCUAUUCUUAGCCUCUACAGUCUAAGUACAAACAAUAUUAUAAAUAGAGAUAGAUUGAUUGGUUUAUACCUUGAUGGCUCAGUUUAGUCGCCAUCUGGCUUUUUGAUGAUUCCUCGGUAGUGCCAGCAGAUGGCGCCACAUCUGUUUAUUUCUGCUCAAUGACUGUCUAGAUGGACACUUGAUGUAUAUUAUCUUAUUUUGUCAGGAGAAAUUGGCUUUUGUCUUUUUUGGUAGAGGCAUAUAACUUGACUAUGUACCUUAAGACUCCAGCGGACUCGAAACACGAGGAACAGCGAAAAAUAAAAUCCCACAAGUUGUAAAGGUCAGGCAAAGGCAUGGUAGAAGAUCUGUCAAGAAUUCUGGAUUUUUUUUCCUCAAUUAAGCAUUUCACAAUGCCAUAGUGCAUAAGAGAUGCUGACCAAAAAAUAUACAAAUUCCUAAACAAGAUUUGAAGGAAAAGGAAUGUGAGAAUACAGUAAAAUAUGGGGAAGAUUGUAAAAAAAUACCUCAUUAAUGACACCUGGUGUUUUAAAGGAAAAGUCGCUCAUAUUCAGAAUUCAAACUUCUGAAAGUUCUUUAAAUCUGAAAUGAUUCCAUCCUGUUCAAUAAAUGAUCAGUGUUUUUAAUUCAGAGUCAUUUCCAUG